GUGAUUAAAGAGAUUAUGUUACAUAAUCUUUGGUGAAAGUGAAAUCAUAGGAUGAAGAUAAUGUCAAAUAAGUAGAUCUUUUAGGUUGCUGUGUAUGUUUUAUUUUAUCAUGGAUUAUCACAGGACCGACUAGAAUUGCUUAAGCCAUAAAAAACUUCUAAUAAUCCGAUCAAAAGAAAGAACAAAUAAAUGAUUAAUUCUUAUUAACAGUUUUGAAAAAUUACAAAAACCACCUAUGCAGUUUGGUACAAAUUGUUGUCCCUAAUGAAUCAUUCAAAGAAAAGGUGGUAAUCCAUUUCUUUUGGAGAGAAAAACCUACUACAUUUUCUUCAUAAUCUCAAUCAAAAUCAAGCCCAGUUCAAUGCAGUUGUACAGUAACUGACUUUUGAUUCAUCUCCUCAAACAUAAUUACUUCAUGUCAACAACAACAACUUGAAUUGUUCCAGCUAUUCAAUAACAUACCAAAAAAAAAAAAAAACAGAAGUUAAUUAGGGUUUAAUAUGGCAAAUACACAGAAACAUCUAAAUAUUCUUAUCAACAAUCUCAUUUCUAUCAUAUCUGAAAUUCCACAAAACGCUGCCCAAUCCCUUCCAUUAGGGACUGAAAUAAUCAGUAGAGCAUCGGUUUUGGGUUUGAGCAGAAGGUAAUGGAUGGAAAUGGGGGAAUCGCAGGUGAGGUUUGGUGGAAAAGUUGGCGGGAAAGUGAAAAGUUGAAAUUUAGGGAUGUGAGAUUGUUGAGCAUUAGGGGCGGAAUGGUCCGCCGGUAAUAGUCAUUUUAUAUAUAUGAUAUGAAAUUGGGUUCAUCUUCUUCAUUUGGUUGCGAAUCUCUUCCACUCUCAGCCCCCAAAAUCAUAAACCCUAGAAAAUCAUAUUACCUAUCACCGGUGUUAAGGUCAGCCUCGGCCGCCUCUCUCAGCCUAUCACACAGUUCCUCUCUUCUCUCUCUCUCUCACCAGUCCCUCUCUCUUGUCAUUGGGCAACAAAAGGCUCAUGAAAAGAAGAAAGGUUGUGACUCUAGUCUUGGGAUAACUUUAGAGAAGAAAAAGAGGAAAAAUAAGGGACAACCGCAUGUAGUUGAUCGGAUUCAGAUACUUAAAAAGGUGCUUGGUAAGAGGCGCGGAGUGGGGCGCUUAUCAAAGUCUCAUACGACCCGUUACACUAAGUACACUCAGACACAAGUGCCUAUUCAUACUCAACAAUCGCUUGAGAAAAUACAAAGAUUGGAACGGUUGAUAAUUGAAUUGCAAAACCAAGUCCAACACAUCAGUAAAAAGCUUCCAGUUGAACACUGUUUGCCACCAGACAAUAAAAAAGAGGAGCUAAUUCGAAAGCAUGGGAAUAUGCAUUCAACUAGGCCGUCUCAACAUCACAUGUCUCACAUACUUGGAAAUGGAUCUGUUUCAUCUUCUCAGCCUUUGACAAGCCACUCUAACAUUCAUGGUUCUCAGUAUCAGGGACAGAUGUCUAUGCUGCUACCAUCCCAGCAGCCUUCUUCGACGCCUUACUAUCCCAACAUGUAUAACUCUGCCUCACAACAACUUCCUCCAACGCCCUAUCAAUAUCCCUACAUGUAUGGGGCCCCAUCGCAGCAGCCUCUGCCACUCUAUCACUAUCCCAACACAUAUGGGCUCCCAUUGCAGCAGCCUACACCGCCUUAUCACAAUCCCAACACAUACGGGCUCCCACAGCAGCAGCCUACGCCACCCUAUCACAAUCCCAACACAUACGGGCUCCCAUUGCAGCAGCCUACACCACCCUAUCAUAAUGCCAACACAUAUGGCCCACCAUUGCAGCAACCUAUGCCAUCUGAUCACAAUCCCAACACAUAUGCGCCCCCAUAUUCUCUUGAAAAUUUGAGGGCAAAGCUGAAGCAUUUCUCUACAAUGAACAACUUCAAGAAAAGAGCUCUCAGGGCAAUUGCUCAUGAGCUUCUGUCAGUGGAAGAGAUUCGUAAUAUGCAGAUAAGAUUUCAUUUCAUGGAUACUACCAGAAGAGGAAGGAUUAACUUGGAUGAACUAAGAAUCGGAAUGCAUGAGCUAGAAGAUCACAUUCCAGAGGCAGGUGUUGAUAUGAUAAUGGAAGCUGGUGAUCUAAAUAAGGAUGGAUAUAUGGACUAUGGAGAAUUUGCAAUCAUAUCAUUUUACCUUACAAAGAUGCACACUAAGGAUGAGUUCAUUGACAAAGCUUUCAAAUACUUCGACUAUUUAGAAUGUGGAUCUAUAGGAAUUUCCGAGCUACGAAUUGGGUUGACUAAUGUAGUUGAAGAAAAAAAUAUUGAAGAAGUCAUUGAAGCCAUUAUGCAAGAAGUGGACACUGAUAAGGAUGGAAGAAUAAGUUAUGAUGAGUUUGCUGCAAUGAUGAAGAUGGAUCCUUGCAGUUAAACACUAAUGAGAGGAGAUAGAAUUUGAAGAACCAAAGAUGAAUCAUCUUAUAUAUUUUAUUUUUGUUGGAAGAAUAUAUUUUGUUUUGGUAAUAUUUCUCUUGGCUCUUCAGUUGAUUUUCUAAUUUGAGACAUCAUUCUCCUUUCUGUUUGUUCUAACUUGUGAGGGAGUUCUUGGGGAAAGAAGUUGCUUUUUUUCACAAAAGAAAUAGUCAAAAUCAUUAUUAGUUUAAAGGUUAUUGAGAGCCAAAAUUGUGUGUUUAUUGAAACUACUUUAGUAUCAUAUUCUAUGUCAUAUUAUUGUGAUAGUAUA